AUGCGGACCCACAUCCUCCCCGGAAACGACGUCGUCGAGUGCAUCUCCGCGUGGCCAAUGCGAGCGUGCUGCAGCCCGGGCGUCGUCACACUGCAAGGCUGCUCCAUCAUCAUGUCUCUCAGCUCGCCGCCCUGCUCCGUCGAUCUCUCUAUACUUGUCUCCGCCGGGAACGGACAGCUGUUCGGCGGGCGCGUCGUGGGCCCACUCGACCUGCUGGUCUUGACAGCCAUGUCGUUUGAGCGUGCGGAGUAUAUACGCCUGCCUUUGAAGGAGGAACAAGACCCAACCGCUGCCUCCCACUCUUCGGCCGUAGGUGGCGGUGGCGGUUUGCUCAAUUUGGCCACUGGGAAUGCCGCUGCGUUUUUGUUUAUUACUUACAAUGUGGUGAAUGAGUUGAUGAUUACCAAAUGA